AUGGCUCCGGCCGGCCGCGGACCGCAGCUCUCCCUGCUGGCCUGCCUGCUGCUCCUGGCUCCAGGGGUUUGCUCCGGGGGGUCGGACGCUCCUCGGGGAGUCGCCCUGGGCUUCGUUUUCGACCCCAAAGCGAAGUGCGAGCCGCCGUGCGAACACGGAGGAGUCUGCAUCCGAAACAACACCUGCUUCUGCUCCAAGGGAUACGAGGGAGAGACCUCCAACUGUUACCCCAAAUGUAAGAACGGAGGAGAGUGUCUUCGUCCCGGGAAAUGCAGAUGUCCUCCUGGGUUCGGAGGCAGAUACUGUCACAAAGUGACCUGCGACGGGGGGUGCUGGAACGGAGGGGAGUGCACCGCCGUCCACGGCGCGGCCACGUGCAUCUGCCCCUCCAGCUGGGCCGGGAACGGAGGGGUGUGCGUGGCCCCGGGAAUCUGCAGCUGUCCGGAGGGAUGGCUGGGCGGCGCCUGCCACACCGCGGUGUGCGCUCGGCCCUGCCUGAACGGAGGGAAGUGCAUUUCCCCCAACAAGUGCCACUGUCGCCCCCCUUUCUCCGGACCUCACUGCGGGGAGAAGAAGAAGCCACACUAGAGAGGAACAAGGCCUGUGAGGACGAUUACUUCUGCUCACCUCGUUGUUUUGUCUGUGCGAUGCUCUUUUAAAGAAGCAACCCUGUUUAACUUUUUUUUAAUCGAACAAUACUUUCAGUACUGUAAUUUGUUAUGACAUGGGGGUAAAAAAUGGCAUUUUAUGUUUUCUUAAUAUUCAUUAAAAAAGAAGAGAAAGAAAGAGAUG